AUGUUGUUCUACUGGAUUGUAGUAAUAUUUUUCAUAUUUAGUCAGUUAGUGUUAAGUUCUAUUACAAUGUCGACAUUGAAAGAACUUGCAGAAUAUGGACAGAGUCUGAACUUGACUGGUGCGGACUUGCAGCAGUUUGUACAGCAACAACAGGCACAUCAGCGUGAGCUACGAGCGGCGGAAAGGGAGAAAGAGAAGCAGGACAGGGAGUAUCAUCUCAGUAGAGAAGCACUUGAAAUUGAGAAACUCAAACUACAGGAAAAGAAAGGUAUGGAAGAGAUUGAGAGUAAAUUCAUGCAAACUAUUCAAACCUUAGAGCAAAAGUUAGCUGUAAAGGAGUCAGAAACGAAAUCAGAAAAUCCUAGUAAUGCAAAGUUUCCAAAAAUGCCUGUAUUCGAUGAAGUUAAGGAUGAUAUUGAUUCUUAUUUGAGACGUUUUGAAAGGUACGCUGCAGCACAGAAAUGGAAGUUUGACAGUUGGGCUGUUAACUUGAGCGCACUACUCAGAGGUCGUGCACUGGAUGUGUAUGCACUGUUGCCGCAGGAGAAAGCGUUGGACUAUGAUGCUUUGAAGACGGCGUUACUAAAAAGGUUUGAAAAGACGGAGGAUGGAUUUCGUCAAAAGUUCCGUAAGAGCAGACCUGAGGUAGGGGAAACUUUUUCACAGUUUGUUGUUCGUCUCGGUAGUUAUCUCGAUAGGUGGAUUGAACUUGGUCGAGUUAACAAGACUUUUGAUGGCCUCUACGAUAUGAUACUCAGAGAUCAGUUUCUGUUCAUGUGUAACAAAGAAUUGACAUUGUUUUUGAAAGAACGCAUACCGAAAAACAUCAGAGAAAUGUGUGAUUUAGCAGAUCAGUUUAGAGAGGCAAGGCAUGUUAACAUUCAGACAUUAGUUCAUUUUAGCAAGAAAGAGAACUCUCCAGGAAAAAGUCAGGCAUCGAGAGAACAGGAACAGCGAGAUCAGAAGCCAGGAUUGAAGUUUCAACCCAUGAAAACUCCAAUGAAGAAAGAAGUUCGUUGCUUCAAAUGUGACAGACUGGGCCACAUAGCAUCUCAGUGCCACCAGACUCAGAAGAAUCGGAACUCAGUGAAUGUUGUCGUCGAUCGUACAGAAAAGGAAUCUACGGCAAAGAACUCAGAAUUACAAGGCAAGUGUGGAACUUUUACUUCCUUUACAAACACAUCAACAUUUUCGAUGGCGUCAAAUUCAAUGGACCUUGUAAACACUUCAUCGUGUAACGUUAGUGCAUCUCUUGAAGAUAUGCCUACCUGUAAGGGCAAGUUAAAUGAACAUUUUGUGACAGUGCUUAGAGACACUGGUUGUAACGGUGUUGUAGUUCGUAGGGAUUUGAUAGAUGAUGUUCAGCUUACGGGAAAUCAUCGAAUUUGUGUUCUGGCGGAUGGAUCUAGGAUUCAGGCACCUGUUGCGCGAGUGAAAAUAGACACUCCUUACUUUGUGGGUGAAAUAGACGCUUGGUGUUUAGAAAAUCCAUUGUAUUCCUUGAUCAUAGGGAACAUCCCCAACGCAAGAGAUCCAAAGGAUCCGGAUAGAAACUGGACACCUUAUCAAGCGCAUGCAGUAGUGACAAGGCAACAAGCUCAAAAGGAAGGUAAGAAGACUAAAUCUCUUCAUGUUCCAGAUAUUAUUGACGCUGAGAUAUGUCCUGACGACAUCAAGGCAGCACAGGAGAAAGACGAGACGUUAGCCAAGAUACGCUCUUUGGUAGGACAAGACGACGACUCCAAGGUAUCUUACAUUAGUAAAAAAGGUAUCAUUUAUCGUGUCUUCCAGUCAGAUAAACAUCAGAAUGGUAAACGUUUUACACAGCUAGUUGUUCCAAAGAAAUAUAGGACUAAAGUUCUUUCGCUUGCUCAUGAAUCUAUUAUGACAGGUCACCUAGGUACUUCCAGGACAGCCAGCAAAGUCCUUGCAGAAUUUUAUUGGCCGGGAGUUCAAGCGGACGUACGUCGAUUCUGCAGAUCAUGCGACAUUUGUCAACGUACCACUCCGAAAGGCAGGACUACAAAGGUACCACUCGGAGAUAUGCCUAUUAUUGAGGUACCGUUCAGACGUGUAGCUGUCGAUUUGGUAGGACCUAUCCAGCCAGCAACCAGUAAGGGUAAUCGUUACAUUUUGACUAUUGUUGACUUUGCUACCCGUUACCCAGAGGCAAUUGCUUUAAAAGGAAUUGACACUGAACGAGUCGCUGAGGCUCUGGUAGAUGUAUUUUGUAGAGUAGGAGUACCGAAGGAAAUGCUCACGGAUAUGGGGUCACAAUUUACAUCCGAGCUGAUGACAGAGGUUAGUCGUUUACUUUCUAUACGACAGUUAACAACGACACCGUACCACCCCAUGUGCAAUGGACUGGUCGAGCGGUUCAACGGUACAUUGAAGCAGAUACUCCGACGGUUAUGUGCGGAACGUCCUACUGAUUGGGAUAAGUAUCUAUCAGCCUCAUUGUUUGCUUACCGUGAUGCACCACAGGAGAGUCUAGGAUUCUCACCGUUUGAACUGGUUUACGGACACGAAGUUAGAGGACCUAUGAAGAUUUUGAGGGGGUUGUGGACUAAAGAAGUAGCAGAUUCAGAGGUUAGAACUACAUACCAGUAUGUUGUUGAUUUGAAGGAACGACUAGAAGCUACGUGCAGAUUAGCGAGAGAGAAUCUACAAAAGUCGUCAGAGAAAUACCGGAAGUAUUAUAACAAGGGAGCACGGAACAGACAAAUGUCAAAAGGUGAGAAAGUUCUUAUUCUUUUACCAACUGCCAGUAACAAAUUACAAAUGCAAUGGAAAGGUCCAUAUGAAAUUAUAGAGAGACUAGGAAAAGUUGAUUACAGAAUUAACGUGAAUGGAAAAAUCAAAACAUUUCAUGCAAAUAUGUUGAAGUUGUACAUUGACAGAGCAAACGAGAGUAAUGAUGAGACAGGUGUUCUAGGUGUUGUAGGCGCCGCAGUACUCGAUCUAGAUGAUGAUGGAGAGAGCGACGAUGAGCUGUUGUGUGAUUCUCUAGGAGAAACGAAAAAUGAGGGACCGGCAGAUGUGAAAGUAAGUGAUGAACUAACUGAGAAUGAAAAAGCAGAAGUCAAGACAUUACUAGAGAAUUUUUCAGAUGUUUUAUCAGAUGUACCUGGUUUGACGAAUCUCGGAGUUCAUCAUAUCAAGUUGACUAGUGACCAGCCUAUUCGCACCAAACCUUAUCCUCUGCCGUUUACUUCAAAAGACGUUGUUUGUGACGAGGUAAGAAAGAUGGUGGAAGCCGAAGUGAUCGAGCCUUCGACGAGUCCAUACAGUUCCCCGAUAGUCAUCGUGAAAAAGAAGGACGGUUCGAACAGGCUUUGUAUCGAUUUUCGUGCAAUUAAUAAAGUAACUGUUUUCGAUGCAGAAACCAUUCCAAGUGCUGAUGAUAUUUAUGUACAAUUAUCUGGCUGUAAAUAUGUGUCCAAAUUUGAUCUAUCUAAGGGAUACUGGCAGUUACCUUUGGAUGAUGCAGCGAAGGAGAUCACCGCUUUCCAAACGCCACUUGGUUUGUUUCAAUUCAGGGUGAUGCCCUUUGGCUUGAUAAACGCUUCCGCAAGUUUCAGUCGCCUGAUGCGUAAGCUCUUAGACGGAAUGCAGUGAGUGGAUAACUUUAUAGACGAUGUGAUUGUGUACACUCGAACAUUUCAGGAACAUGUUAAUGUAAUUCGGGAACUUCUGCUAAGACUUCGUGCUGCGAAUUUGACUGUGAAACCAAGUAAGUGUUUUAUUGGUUACCGGAGUCUUGAGUGUCUCGGACAUAUUGCAGGAAAUGAAGAACUUAGACCUCUUCCUGACAAAGUUUCCGCCAUUCACAACUUUACCCAACCUUCAACGAAGAAGCAAGUGCGAUCAUUUUUAGGUCUGGUAGGAUUCUAUCGUAAAUUCAUUCCGAAUUUUUCAGCUAUUGCUUCGCCUUUAUCAGAUCUUACCAAGAAAGGCCAGCCGAACAAAGUGAUUUGGAAAGAGCCACAAGAAAAUGCAUUCAUCACUCUCAAGAACGCUUUAACGGUAA